UUUGUUUAAAAAGCUAGUUCAUGAAUGUUGAUAGUCACAAUCACCUUUUUUUAAUCUUGUAGUUCACACACUAACGUAUUGUUUGCGUCUACGAAUGACCUAAACACGAUUUUAAAAAGUACUUGCACAAUAAGCUCACAGACACAACACAUCUAUAUAAAUAGGUAAAGACCUAAUCUCACUUCUCAUCUCAUCUCUCAACAUAAAAUCUCAAAACACGAUCCUAAAUCAGACAGAGAAAAUGGCACAAGAUCAGUACAAGUUUGUUUUCACUGCCAAAGAAGCAGAAUCGGAAGGCGUCACCGAACCCUUCAGACUUCCAAAUCUGAUCACAAAGGCGAUGUCACUCGCUCGGGCUCCAAUCUCCAAAUACAAAGUCGGAGCCGUUGGACGCGCACCAUCGGGUCGGAUCUACUUAGGCGUCAAUGUCGAAUUACCAGGUCUUCCUCUUCACCACUCCAUCCACGCCGAGCAAUUCCUCGUCACCAACCUCGCACUCAACUCUGAGAAAGGCCUCCAUCUGUUAGCCGUCUCCAUCUCUACUGACGUCAACGACUUCGGCGCACCGUGCGGGAACUGCCGCCAGUUUCUUAUGGAGAUGAGAAACGCGCUUGACAUCCAAAUCCUUCUCAAAUCAAAGCAUGAAGAAGGGUCAUUCAGGAGCCUUAGACUCCUCCUUCCGGACAGAUUCUCCCCCUGUUCCCCUCUCCUUCUCGAGAAGCACGAUAACUGCCUCACCCUCUCGGGUUCUGCCGGAGAGAUAUGCUCAUCAGAUUGUUCCCAUUUGAAGUGCAAGGCUCUAGCCGCGGCAAACAACUCGUUCUCGCCGUACACUAACUCUCCGUCGGGAGUGGCGCUGCAGGAUAACGAUGGGAAGUGGUACCGUGGAUGGUACAUUGAAUCAGUGGCGUCAAACCCUAGUUUGGGACCAGUACAAGCUGCGCUGGUUGAUUUCGUGGCUCGUAGCCGAGGCAAAGGGUUCGAUAAGAUCGGCGAAGCGGUGCUGGUGGAAAAGAAAAAUGCGAGGGUGAGUCAAGAGGGCACGGCGAAGAUGAUUUUAGACACUAUAGCAGCUCCGAACUGCGAUUUCAAGGUCUUCCAUUGCUACGAGGAUAUCGUAAAAAAAAUGAAUUAUAUUACAAUACCGGAGGUAGAGAACGGUAAAAAGGGAUACUUAGUAAGGAAAAUAAUACGCCAGUAGGGGAUUACACUGGUCUUCGUUAUUAAACUAUUUUAUUAUCCUAUCAAAUUAUAUUGAUUAUUCUUUGUUGUCUUCUUGGUUGGGUUCGUUAAA